AUGAAGAACACCACGACGCUAACCUUCACCCUGACGUCAUUCGCGACCCUGGAGAACCACAAACACGUGUUUUUUACUCUCUUCUUCUUCCUCUAUAUUGUCACCAUCUUCCUCAAUUUACUCCUGAUCAGCGUCAUCCACCGAUGCAAUCAGCUGCACCAGCCUAUGAAUAUUUUUGCAUGUAUGUUAUGUUUCAACGAAAUCUACGGGAGUAGCGUGUUGCUGCUUCCCGUUAUGAGCAUCCUCUUGUCGAAGACACACGCAAUCAGCGCCAACAUGUGCUUCGCUCAGGUCUACUUCAUGCACACAUUUGGAGCUUCCGAGUUGUGCAUACUCGCUCUCAUGGGUUACGACCGCUAUGCUGCCAUCUGUUCCCCGCUCCACUAUCACGCCAUCAUGACUCCUUCCAAGAUCUACAAACUGAUUGCAGUUGUGGGCCUUUAUCCGUUCAUUGUAUUUGGUUGUUUUUUCAGUCUCACUCUGCGGCUGAGUUUUUGUGGGACGGUCAUACCGAAGCUUUACUGUGUCAACAUGGAAUUGGUCAAAAACGCAUGUUCAAGCACAACCCUCAUAAGUAUUGUUGGGCUUCUGCUUAUUGGGUUGCUGGUCUUCCCUCAAUUAAUCAUGAUUGUUUUCUCCUAUGUACAGAUAUUCCGAGUUUGUAAAAAAUUAUCUAAAGACUCCCAGGUUCUUGCGCUUAAAACAUGCGUGCCACAUUUAUGUUCCGUUUUAAACUAUAGCAUUGCAGCCCUGUUUGAAAUUGUUCAGACUAGGUUCGAUAUGAGUCAUGUUGCGAUCGAGGCGCGGAUCUUCUUGUCAAUGUAUUUCGUCAUCAUUCCACCUGUCGUCAACCCGCUGCUAUACGGACUCGGAACGCAUCUUGUUCGAGUUCAGAUUAUAAAGCUGUGUAUUAUAUACAAGAUCAUACCAUCAAACAUAGCAAAGAGGAUCAUUCCAAAUGAGACUUUUACUACUAACUAGCAAAAGUGUUUUAUUUUUGUGUACACAUAAUUUAAGCAGCAAAUCGACGUGUGUUAAUUCAUUUUGAUUAAAUCAAUAUUUAUUUCCUAAAACCCGUAACAUAAUAAAUAAACAGUGUGUAAAUAUCAUAUUUAGCCCACGUGAAAAAGUAUGAGUAAGCAAAUGUGUAAUUAAAAUUACAUUAUAUCUGUCUUUAUCAUUUGUAUCUAUCGAACUGAAUAUCAUUUGCAUGAAUUAAUGAUGUCAACUGUGCCAGUUCUAUUUUUUUGAGUGUAUUGAAAUAAUUUCCUCCUACUUUGAAUAUAAGCACUUUUGUUUUGAAAUGAUUUUUAAGAGAGAUUCUAAUAAAUCUGCAGAAACGACUGAUUCAAAUAUUAAAGUAUCACCCAAAUACCUUUU